AUGCAGAAGCGCAAGCAGUUCCACAGCUGUGAUCGCUGCCGCCAGAGCCGCCGGGCAUGCGAUGCCGCGAAACGAGGGAUUAACCCCUUUUCAGCCACGAAUCAGCAGCUACCGGUACUACUACCACCAGGAGGAUCAAGUGGAGAGGCGUUGCCGCCGACACUAGCAUGCUCACUCUGUGAAAAGGCUAAUAAGAAAUGCAGUUUUACAUGGUUGACUCAGCUGACUCGUGGUCAGCUUCCGGAGUCGAUUAAGAGGAAGUAUUUGAGGGAGACGCCGCUGGCGCAUCAUAUGCGUACCAGUACUCCAGGAAAUCUUCUGCCGAGUUACUAUUGUAGGAGUUCGGCAAGUUCGGCUAGUCCGACGCGUCAGCAUGUGCAGUCUUCAGUAUCAUCUUCUACCAGCGCGACCAGUGAGAAGGCUGCAGGCGAUUCGGAAACGCAAUUCUUAGUCUAUGAAGAUAACGUCGCCCGCGAACUCGGUAGAGAUGAAACCUCUCAUCGACUUUUCCAUGUCUAUGCAUCAAGCUUUGAGCGGGCAGUCUCCAAAUGGGCUACGCCGACUAAUAAGGCUUCGCCGGAGAUUUUGCGAUUUCCUGCUCUGCAUAAUACACUAUAUGAUCGCGUUCAACGGCUUGAUGGUAAAGCUUCUGCGCUAAUUAUACGGCACACGAGUCCCGAGCAUUGUCAUAGAGCUAUCAAGGCGUUGAGGUUGACGGCUCUGGCGUUUGCGGGUCAGUCGAGUUGUAUAAAAAAUGCGAUCCCGAGAAAUGAGCCAGGGCAUCAUCCGCAGGCGUACGGGGAGGUGUUUGUGUCUGCGAACGGUUUUCAGACACACCUUUUCCAGACGCUGUGGCAUAAAGCUCGAAGGUCUCUUGAAUGGUUUGUGGAGGCGGACUGUCUCGAAUCAAUCCUCGCAAAAAUCAUUUUUUCCGCGACGCAAAGUCCCUAUGAUUAUCUAGAGCUGAAUUCGCGACACAAGGACUCCGUUGUUUCAAGACGUGGCUCACAUACAUACGAUAGCCCUGAGGUUAUGGUGUUGAGAAAGGCGCAUUGUGAUAAGGCGCUGCAGUCAUUGUCGUUUUGGAACAAGGAGUUGCAACCUCUAUUUCGAGAUCCGGAACGGCUACAAAAGUCGAUGGUCAACUUUAACGAUGACGAUAUAACCAGUUUCUGCUUCUUUGUCAAGUUUGCUGUCGUCUGUGACGAGACGUCAGCCGUUCUGUGGAACAGGGAUUUGCUAAUUACUGAAGAGGAGGGAGAUAUUACCUGGCCGCGGAAUGAGGUUGGGAAAUCCUUACAGACUUUGUCCACCAACGGUUUUUCGAAUUCAAAUCCACCCAUGCAGCACAAAUCACCUAUGCAGUCUGGACAAGUCACAUCACAGAAUCACCAUGGCCCAGAAACUCAACCACUGCAGUUAUCCCGGAACAACCUCAUUACAGCGGGCGUAUUCCUCAAGGCAAACUUUCUCAAAGCUUCAUUAUGGCGAAAGGUAGGACAACUGCGAAGAUUCGCUCAUCGUGGCCCUACUCUCGCAGAAAAUCCCGAAAUAUACAUUCAAGAGACUCUUCAACUCUUCCACGAUUGGGACACGUCUUGUGCAUCAUUCAUCGAGAAUUGUCUGGCGUCAUUUGCCACCUCACCAUUCAAUCUCCAAGCGGCGUGUUUCGACCAUGUUGCCCACUGGCAUCUCGGUGCCCUCCUAUUCGCGACAGAAGUUGAGUUUUUGGAUGCCAGUGGUCGAUCGGAUAGUACACGGAGUUCCCUUCGUCGCCUAACUGAUCUCACUCGGGAAUUGCGUAGGGAUAGUAUCUAUGCAAUCUCCGACCUGGCGCGUGCUGCGAGCGGACUAGCGAUGGAGGGCGUGAGUCGACAUAUCGAUACCCGAAGAGGGAGCUAUUACGAGCAUCCGGCUCUCGUUGACCCACCAUUUGCUGUGAUUCACAUCGCGUUUAGCGAGACGUGCGAGAUUCUGAUGGAAUGGAGAAAUCAGCUACUAUUCAAACUGUCAAACGGCCCAUACCCAAGUAGCUUUUCCGCGCAGAGGAUCCAGGAUGAGGCAAAUCUUGUUGAUAUACAAGAACGUUUGGGUCAUUGUAUCAAUACCCUUGACUUGUUGGGGGUGAAAUCUGGCGUGUCGAGAGGAUAUGCAUAUGAUUUGAGGACGAGGAUGGACAGGGGUUUGUAUUAA